UCAAACAUUGUUUAUUUACUUAUCUGCACAUAUUGUUCUGAUUGGAGGAUGCUUAUAUGAUCCAAUAACAACAUAUCCACAAGUAUCUCCAUCCAUCCGGAUGCUAAAAGGGUUAAAACCCUGAGAUUAUGUAUUUUUCCAUGCACUGGAGCUGGGAAUGGUGUUGAACAUGCGCAGGCACGCCGUGGGGCCGGACUCGUGGUGCUUGUUUUCCGAGCCUGGAGUCUUCGGGCUUUGCCGUUCACCUCCGGAGCUAGUUGUUGCUCGUCUGAGGUCUUGAACGAUGAUUGACAAUAAUGGCGACGCGUUUAUUCUGAGUUGACUCCAGGGAACCAUCUCUGGCUGACAAAGAGGAGCGACCGUGGAUGGAUUUUCAGCCUCUCUACGCACAACAACAAUAAGGAUUAAACCCCAAAAAAAACAAAAACAGGCGCUAAAAACAAAACCAGGACUACAGUCACCACAGACGAGAAGAGGACCUGAGAGGUUUAUCGAGCUAGCACUGCGAGAGCUAGCAGCCUGCGCUAGCUUGCUAAGUUGAAGCUUUCUCGUGUUGUGGAGGAGAGAGACGAGCUUUCUGAGCGAUGUGGCCACUUAACAGGCUUUUAGGGUAACAGGCUUUGUUUCUGUCAGAGGCUGACACGUUCACGUUUCAGCUUGUGGGGAUAGUUUUUAGUCCCGACAGCCUUUUCCUUUAUAGGUGGCUAACUUUAGCUCGCAGGCUAGCUUUUGUGGAUUGUCUCUUUCCUGUUGGGACUUGCUUUUUUUUUUUUUUUUUUUUUGUGUGGAAGCUGUCCACCGAGAUAUAUCUCAAAACACGAUUCCUGUGGCUUUGUGAGGUUUGUUUUUUGUAAAUGACCACCGGCAGGAAUAACCGGGCGAUGAUGGAGGGAGUAGGGGCGAGAGUGGUCCGCGGACCCGACUGGAAGUGGGGGAAGCAGGACGGCGGAGAGGGACAUGUCGGCACCGUGAGGAGUUUUGAAAGUCCAGAGGAGGUGGUUGUUGUCUGGGAUAAUGGCACGGCUGCUAACUACAGAUGUUCCGGUGCUUACGACGUGAGGAUACUAGACAGCGCUCCAACAGGCAUCAAGCAUGAUGGAACCAUGUGUGACACCUGCCGCCAACAGCCCAUCAUUGGCAUUCGCUGGAAAUGUGCUGAGUGCGCCAAUUAUGACCUCUGCACAACCUGUUACCAUGGCGACAAGCAUCACCUGAGACACCGGUUUUUCAGGAUCACCACCCCGGGCAGUGAGAGAGUACUUCUGGAAUCACGUCGCAAGUCAAAGAAAAUCACAGCCAGAGGGAUCUUCACUGGUGGCCGGGUGGUGAGAGGAGUGGACUGGCAGUGGGAAGACCAAGAUGGAGGCAACGGAAGGAGAGGAAAGGUGACAGAGAUCCAGGACUGGAGUGCAGCCAGCCCUCACAGCGCUGCCUACGUACUGUGGGACAAUGGGGCCAAGAACCUGUACCGAGUUGGCUUUGAGGGAAUGUCGGAUCUGAAAUGUGUCCAGGAUGCCAAAGGGGGCUCUUUUUACAGAGACCACUGUCCCGUUUUAGGUGAGCAGAAUGGCAACAGAAAUCCUGGCGGUCUCCAGAUUGGUGACCUGGUCAACAUCGAUUUAGACCUAGAGAUUGUUCAGUCCCUCCAACAUGGCCACGGUGGGUGGACUGAUGGCAUGUUUGAGACGCUCACCACCACCGGCACAGUAUGCGGCAUCGAUGAAGAUCAUGAUAUUGUCGUUCAGUACCCUAGUGGGAACAGAUGGACAUUCAACCCAGCAGUGCUGACAAAGGCUAAUGUAGUGCGCAGCGGUGAAGUAGCAGCUGGGGCAGAGGGAGGCACUUCCCAGUUCCUAGUGGGAGACCUGGUCCAGAUUUGCUAUGACAUCGACCGCAUCAAGCUGUUACAAAGAGGCCACGGAGAGUGGGCUGAGGCGAUGCUCCCGACUCUAGGCAAGGUGGGCCGCGUGCAGCAGAUCUACUCCGACAGUGACCUGAAGGUCGAGGUUUGUGGAACUUCUUGGACGUACAAUCCCGCCGCUGUCACAAAGAUUGCCCCGUCGGGCUCUGCUGUCAGCAACGCUUCCGGAGAGCGUCUGUCUCAGUUGCUGAAGAAACUAUUUGAGACACAAGAGUCCGGAGACAUCAACGAGGAGCUAGUGAAGGCAGCGGCCAAUGGAGACCUUGCCAAGGUGGAGGACAUCCUUAAGAGACCUGAUGUGGAUGUGAACGGGCAGUGCGCUGGACACACUGCUAUGCAGGCAGCAAGUCAGAACGGUCACGUGGAUGUCCUAAAGCUGCUGCUCAAACACAACGUGGACUUGGAAGCCGAGGACAAAGAUGGAGACCGGGCAGUGCACCACGCAGCCUUUGGUGAUGAGGGCUCUGUCAUUGAGGUGCUGCAGAGGGGCGGUGCUGACUUGAACGCCAGGAACAAGAGAAGGCAGACUCCGUUACACAUAGCUGUCAACAAGGGCCAUUUGCAGGUGGUCAAAACCCUGCUGGACUUUGGCUGCCACCCCAGCCUCCAGGAUUCGGAGGGGGACACACCCCUGCAUGAUGCUAUAAGCAAGAAGAGAGAUGACAUGCUGUCUGUGCUGCUGGAGGCCGGCGCUGAUGUCACCAUCACCAACAAUAACGGGUUCAAUGCCUUGCAUCAUGCUGCCCUGCGAGGAAACCCCAGUGCCAUGCGUGUGUUGCUAUCCAAACUCCCGAGGCCUUGGAUCGUAGACGAGAAAAAGGACGACGGUUACACUGCGUUGCACCUGGCCGCCCUCAACAACCAUGUGGAGGUGGCUGAGCUGCUGGUGCAUCAGGGCAAUGCCAGCUUAGACAUCCAGAACGUCAACCAGCAGACGGCAUUACAUCUGGCAGUGGAGCGUCAACACACCCAGAUAGUCCGGCUGCUCGUCCGGGCGGAGGCCAAGCUCGAUGUGCAGGACAAAGACGGGGAUACGCCGCUUCACGAGGCACUGCGUCACCACACGCUGUCCCAAUUGCGACAACUCCAAGAUAUGCAGGACGUCAGCAAAGUGGAGCCCUGGGAACCCUCCAAGAAUACAUUAAUCAUGGGCUUGGGUACCCAGGGGGCAGAAAAGAAGAGUGCAGCAUCCAUUGCCUGCUUCCUGGCAGCUAACGGAGCGGACUUGACCAUUCGUAACAAGAAGGGCCAGUCCCCACUGGACCUGUGUCCCGACCCCAGCCUCUGCAAGGCUCUGGCCAAAUGCCACAAAGAGAAGAGCAGUGGCCAGGUGGGCACCCGCAGUCCUUCUCUGAACAGCAACAUCGAGUCACUGGAGGAGUGUAUGGUGUGUUCAGACAUGAAGAGAGACACUCUGUUCGGGCCCUGUGGACACAUCGCCACCUGCUCCCUGUGCUCACCUCGUGUGAAGAAGUGUCUCAUCUGCAAGGAUCAGGUCCAGUCAAGAACCAAGAUUGAGGAGUGUGUGGUCUGCUCUGACAAAAAGGCAGCCGUGUUGUUCCAGCCCUGUGGUCACAUGUGCGCUUGUGAGAACUGUGCCAGCCUCAUGAAGAAGUGCGUACAGUGCCGGGCUGUGGUGGAACGCCGCACUCCCUUUGUACUUUGCUGUGGAGGGAAAGGUAUGGAGGAUGAUGCCGCUGAUGAUGAUGAUGAUGAUGAUGAUGAUGAUGAUGACCUUACAGGGAGCUCUAACACUAUGGCAGGGGGAUCGCAGGAUCUUCUCCAGCCCAACAAUCUGGCACUAAGUUGGUCCAGCGGAAACAUCCCAGCCUUGCAGAGAGACAAGGACAACACCAACGUCAACGCUGACGUACAGAAGCUACAGCAACAGCUCCAGGACAUCAAGGAGCAGACCAUGUGUCCGGUGUGCCUGGACCGGCUGAAGAACAUGAUCUUUAUGUGCGGCCAUGGCACCUGCCAGCUGUGUGGGGACCGAAUGAGCGAGUGCCCCAUCUGCCGCAAGGCCAUCGAACGCCGCAUCCUCCUCUACUAGAUGCACCCCCCGCAGACUCUCUCCCUCUCUCUCUUUCUCUCUCUCUUCUCUUAAAGCUCACACCGACCACGCCCGCAAAGUCACAAUCACACCAGCUGCUGCUGCUGCCGCUGCUGCUGCUGCUGCUGCUGCUGCUCGACCAUCCUCACAGCACUCGAGUCAGCCAGCCAAGGGCGUUCUCAAAUGUCUUACUCGACACAACAAAUGCUCUCUUAACGGUUUGAUUGUGUUCAGAUGGAAUUACUGUUACAAAACAAGAAGAAGAAGAAAAAAAAAAUGAACUGACUUUUAUCAGUUUUGCUGUUCUGUCAUCAGUGUGUCCUAACCGCUGCCAGAAAGACGCUCCCAUCACAGGCGUCCUCCUCAUUUUCUCUCCGUCUUUCUUUUCCCACCAUCCCCUUCCCGUUCUCCUUUCUGCGUCUUUUUCUCUGUUUUUACUCUAUGUACUCUAUCUUUUCUCUGAUUGAGUCUAUGGCGGCUCCUUUACGAUCAUUGUCUUGGAUAUUUACUUCACGGGCGAGUCCUAUUUCUGGAUUCCAUCCUGGAUGAGGAGGAUGGUGAUGUAGAGGUCGGCCCCGUUACCUUUUUUGAUGUAAAGUUCUCAUGCAUCUGUCGCAGUCAGUGCCAGCUGCAGUCAAGUUUUAUUGUAUUUGUAAAUCUUUAUGCACGUGUAUCGGUAACAGAAUCUCCAGAUGUGGAUUUUAAGUACUUCAUUUUUCACGACAGUAUGACAAGUUUGUGACACAUAACUGUUUGCGCCUCUUAAAGGUUCAGUGGGUGUUUAAAGCUUCAUGUCUGUGUUCAGUUUGGCUGUUGUGACACGCUGCAUGCCGACUCUCCUUGCAUUUGAAGACCAGAUGUUGGCAGUUUUGCACUAGAAAAUGCUUAGUCAGGGUAAAAAAAGCUCUUUCUUGCACUGGCUUUGGAGGUCCACCUCAGUUUAAGAUAAAAAAAAAAAAAAACAGAUAAAGUUGUAGUAACUGCCAGGUAGCACGCCACGCCCGUACUUUGUUUACCAAGCUGUACUGAGAACGACGGCAGAUGUUGCAACACCCUUUUUGGCCUGUAAAUUCCAGAGCCGCCUUGUCGGGAUUUUCAAGAAUUCAACACGAACUCGUUCAGCUUCUGUCCGGUGAACAGCCCCACGUUGUACCCGUUUGUACACACAGACCCACACGAUGCAAACAUUUCUGUAACAAGAGUAUCCUGUCACAACUUGAUGUUAAACUGUCGAGACUUGGUGGUAUUUGUCUGACAAAAAAUAAAUAAAAAAUGUACAAUUCAACGAGCAUUGCUAAUUUACCAUUGAUGAUGACUGUGCCAUUUGCUUCCAAAAAUCAAACUUGUUAAAUAACUUGUAUGGGGAUAAGGUGCUCUUUAUCUUGUAUUACUUUUUUUAUUUAAGUGUAUUUCUUUUUCUCAAAAUCAACAUUUUAUUGAGUUAGAGAGUACAAUCUAUUAGAACACUAAGAUGAAAAUGUAGAAUAAAUUAUUUUGUAUUGCUGCCCAAAAAAAAAACAAAAAAAAGGAUUUAUAGGUAUCACUGCCUUCCUAAUAUGUAGCCUCAAAAUCUCUCAAACGUUCUGCUUUGAUAUUAAUGUUGAGAUACAUUUGUGAUGUUUUUUUUGUUGUUUUUUUUGUUUUUUUCGUUUGUUUGCUUUUUGUUGUCGAUAGCUUUCUAGCAAUCAUCAUCAGUAGAAGCAUUUUUCUCUGGAGUAGGUCUCUGUAAGCCUAACUUGUUCAUUUGUGAAACGGGGAGAAAAACAAAAAGACAUUUUGUUGUCAAAAGUGUCAAGUAUCUUUUCACCAGUGUUUUAUUUGGGAGGAAAGCUAAUGAUUUUUUUUUUAAAGACAGAAUUGCCUUUUCUCUUUUUAAAAGGCAGUUGUCCAUGUGGAGGUGGCUAGCUUGCUCUGCUGUGCUCUGCUCUGCUAUGUGGGAAUUUGCAACUGCAUACAAGUUUUUUUUGUUUUUUCUUUUCUUUUAGGACUGAAAGCUACAUUUUUUUUUUUUUUUUUUUAGUACAGUUUUAAUUCUUUUCAUUGCUCAUGAUAACACUUUAAGCUAGAAGCACUAAUACGCUCUAUGGUAGUGUUGUCUUGUUAUGGUUGUUAUAAAAAAGCCUAUUUUGUACUUUUUAUUUUCAAAUCCUGUAACUGUCCUGUUGGAAAUGUAUCCGUAGUAUUUUCUUUGGCAUGAAUGUUUGACAUGCAGUACGACAUGUAUCAUGGAAACCGUUCAGUCUGUAUUGCUAAUAAGUGCUUUUAAAACAACCAUAUAGCUGAAAUAAAGUUCUAAAUGAACCAUGGGA